GUGCUGGGCACGGGUGGGUCCCAUGAACUUCCAGGCGCUUAGCUGACCACUGACCGCCUCGGGCGGGACGGAUCUGAUGUGUGCAGCACUCGUCCUGCAGGGCAGGCCCCGCCCUCUUCAUGCCCCCUGGCAUGGCUCUGCUGCGCCUUGUGCUCCUGGCUGGGCUUCUGGUGAGAGCAGCUGGCACGUCCACAGACAGCCUGGCCCGGCAACCCAAAUGCUGUGUGGAUGUGGUGGACAUCAACACCACCUGCCCAGGCACAAGCCUCUGUGGGCCAGCUGUGGGCCGGACCACAGAGUUCCCCAUGAACAGGAGUGCAGGCACGUCUGGGUGGCCACACUUGGGGGGUCCCCCAGUGGUUGCCGCCCUCUUCCUGGGGACCUUUCUCAUCAGCUCGGGCCUCAUCCUCUCGGUGGCUGGGUUCUUCUACCUCAAGCGCUCCAGUAAGCUUCCACGGAUCUUCCUUGGGAGAGAGAGAGCCCCAGCCCUGCAGCCUGGUGAAGCUGCAGCCAUGAUCCCAGCACCCCAGUCCUCAGUACGGAAGCCACGGUACAUCCGGCGUGAGCGGCCCCCAGAAAGAACCUUCUCAACGGAAGCUCGCAUCAGUAAUGUGUGACCCGGAGACUGUGUGGACCUGGUGGCAGGACAUGACCUUGGGACACCUGCCUGCAACAGGGACACCAAGCCUGCUACCUUCCCAGCAGUCACAGGAUGCAGUUGCCUGGGCUCUGGUGUCACCAGCACAGCUGGCCAUGGGGCCUCAGGCUCCAGGCAUGGCUUCCUACUCGCCUGGCCUCCUACCAUGAGAGCUGUCCCCAGAGCAUGGCCCAGAACCUGGGUCCUGCAAAGGACAGAGCCUUUGAGG